GACACUUCUUAAACGAAGGUAAUUUGCUAUUAUUUGUAAAUUGGUGUGCCGAGCGACGUCCGCCGAGAUCUAACCGAGGCGCAGUCGCUCGGGAGCACGGGACCCUCCCUGGCUCUCCCGCUGGCUCCGACCAUACAUAUGUUCAUUACAACUAAACUAAAACUCCGUGAAGAACCCUUAUGUAAAUAAUCGUCGCAACACUGACAGCCUUUGCUACCGAAACGAGCGCCAGUCGAUAAGAUAUAGCCCACCUAUAAACAUCCUUUCGUUAUGAAAAUGUGAAUGUGAGUGAUUCCGAUAUGGCGAAGUCUGUUGAAGUGAAUAAAAACAGUGAAGACGAUUCAACCAUGGACGGGGAUAGUGACGAGGAGUUAGGAUGCGUGGGGAGGCUGAUGGUGAAGUUGCGGAUCAACCCAAACUUGAUCAUGUUGAAAGUGACUCUGUUUGUUAUGUACGGAGCCACAGCAUCUCUCUUGCCGUAUCUGACGAUACACAUGCAGAGUAUAGGACUGACUGUGCCCGAAAUUUCUUUUGUGUAUUUAGCGUUGCCAUUCACAACAUUUCUUAGUCCACCUAUAACCGGGUUUUUGGUGGACCGCUUUGGGGAGUAUAAGCCAGUCGUGAUCACUGCAUUGAUUUUGAAUGCUGCUUUCCACCACUCGUUACUGCUGAUUCCUCACCAAGAGACACCAGGGAUGAUGCCAUCAGCUUACGUCAUGCGCCACCCGAUUACGAAUAGCGUAGAGAUUUGGUGGAGUCCAUGCCCCAGCAGGGAAUGUCCUGGCGAAGACGAAACAGUAGAUUUUGUACUAGAUCGUUGCGUUGAUCAUUGUCUUCUGUCGAAACCUACAGAGACCCCACCUAGCGAUCCUUCAGAUGACAAAGACGAUUUGGAUUUCCAUAUUAGUCAUAAGGUUCAGCUACCAAACUUAAAGUCUAACCUCAGUUUCUUAAAUGGUACAGACGACGAAGAUUAUAAUGACGCCGCAUACUUUUUGAUUGAAGUUCACGAUGAUCUGGAAGAACCGAAAGAACAGCUUGGCAUUGAGAUGGAAAGGGAUGACGACGAACGAAUAACAGAUUUUAGAUCAAGGUUUGGAGAAAAGCUUUUAAUAGCGCAAGGCAUAAAUAUAACAGAACUCGAUAAGGAGGACCUCCGCUGUGGUGGGCUCGUCAUGUUGCAUAACAUGACCAAACUCUCCCAACAAAGGCUUGAGAUUUUAUCGGCAGAUUGCAUGGUACAAAAAUGUGACUUCAGGAGAGGCGGCCCCGAUACCUGUCCACCGGAUUAUAAGGAAAGCGAUGAUAAAACUUUCUAUAUUUACUUUUUCUUGAGAUUCAUGGGGACCAUCAUGUUGUCUGCUGGCGUCACAAUCAUGGAUCCUAUAGCAUUGACUAUGAUUCAAAAAUACGGCGGAGACUUUGGAAGAGAAAGACUUUUCUCUAGCAUCGGGAUGGCUAUAUUUUCCCCCAUAACAGGCAUGUUAAUAGAUAUGAGGAGUAAACAAGUUGGAUACACUGACUAUUCAGCUGCGUUUUAUACGUACGACGUGCUUCUUUUAAUAUCGGCUGUAACUGUCGCCGUCAUGCCCUUAGGAGCUAAACUACCAGCGGAUAAUUUACUGCGAGACUUGGUCAACAUAAUCAAAAUGCCCCAUAUAAUUGUUUUUAUAUUUUUCCUGUUCGCCCUGGGGAACUUUUGGGGCUUUAUAGAAUCGUACCUCUUCAUAUACUUGAAAGAAUUGGGAGCUCCUAAUUUUUUGUUGGGAAUAACCGUGACCGUGGGCACGCUGAGCAGUAUCCCGUUCCUCUACGGCGCGGAUGCCAUCACUGCGCGCAUUGGCCACGUGAACGUCAUCAUAGUUGCAUUCUUCUCCCACGCUGCGAGACUCGUCGGCUACUCGUUUAUCGAAAAUUCGUGGUGGUGUUUUCCAUUUGAAGCUAUGGAAUCUUUGUCAGUGCAUCUAAUGUGGGUUGCAGCAGCUACUUACUGCGCAAUGCUUGCACCAAAAAGUCUAUUGGCUACGUUGAUUGGAGUGCUGGGAAUGGCACAUUUCAGUCUUGGUAGGGGUAGCGGCAGUUUUGGUGGUGGUCUCCUCAUCGCAACCCUAGGUACUAGAGAAGCGUUCCGUUACAUGGGAUUGAUUGCUUUCCUCGGUGGAGUACUGUACGGCCUACUUCAUUACUUUUGGUUGAAAAAUAUUAACGUGACUCGAGUGGGAAGUGUUUGUGAUCCGGAUACAGGUGAAAAUAUUGAAAGCGGAGAAGGCGACAAGCUGAAUGCAGAACCUUUAACUAAAGAUGCGGAAACUAUGAUAUCUCUAGAGCGAUUGCACAUGAUCACACGCUUCAAUCCACUGGGCUCUCUACAUUCCUUGCCAAGGGGCUCACGUUCAAGGUUCUCGCAAGGUGACAUCAACGAGCAUUGUCGCAGCCGCAGUGGUAGCAACAGCCAGAGACGAGGCAGCAACUACGAAGGUUCUGCUUCGAAGGUGGAUAUGCUUCGAUCUGCCAUCGAAAUCAGCCAUCAACACGGACGAGGACAUAUUUCAAAUAACAGCCUAUGCAGUAAUAGAACUUCUAAUCAUUAUAAGCAAGCACAAAGCGCUCCAAAGUUGGUUCUAGUGGGACUAGGGCAAAGGAAUAACAUAUCGCAACCGGCUCUCUCAGAAUACGACCCAAGGCGUCGUGAUUCCAUUCCCGAGGAAGCUGAAGAGGAUCGCCUGGCUUUACCAGCUAAACCACCUACUAAGACCAAGAGUGAUAAUCUUCCACCUCCACCAAGCUAUGAUGAAGCUACUGGUGAACACAGGAAAAGUUGGCAUUCGGACGACAGCACCCCAACCUAAGGCUACAAAAAUAUUUCACAAAAACUAUAGAAAAGAUCGUAAAAGAUUUUAACUUUUAACAAACCUAAAAGUUUUCGACCUUCUGAGUUUUUUCCAAUCUUUUUUGAGUUUUCGAAAAAAGAACGUUAAAGAUUGUGGUUUUGAGCUUAGUCUAGAUUGAUACAAUUUAUUUGGUUUAAUUGAAAUUCUGCGCAAUACAAAAGGGUAGAUAGUAGCCUAAAACUAUAAUAAUAGAAUUUCCUUUAAG